AAUAAUGUGCAACAGUGUAUCGAUGUUCGUUAGGACAAAUAUUCGAUGGAAAAUUGUUAAGGACAAAUUGCGUCGUGUCGUUAGUUUAAUGUGAAUAUCGGAAAUACGUAAAUUUCAUUAUCGAUAUGCGUUGAUAAAAUGAUUGAAAAAUUUUUACGCUCUCGUUCGAUUCGAUCCUAACCUCUACUUUUCAUAAAUCUCGCGCAAAGUAACUAUAUGCGUGUAAAUAUAUAACUAUAAAUAUACGACUGAUUCAAUGUAGCCAUAUCUGUGCAAAGAAAACAGAAAAUACUAGCACGAGGAACGUAGUACUUUUUGUUUUACGGUAGGAACAUUGUAGAGUGCGGUAUAGAUUUUCCCUAGGUUUCUAGUUACCUAGCCGUCAAAAUCAACGAAUCUGAUCGAUAUGCGUGACCUAACGUAGCAAGUGGUGCCAUCUGAGGUAUAGCGGAAAGACUAUAAGUAGAGAAAAGUAAAACAUGGACGUGGACACGGCGAGUGAUAAUACGUCUAUCGAUGACAAAAUAGACGAUUUUUGCGAAAAUCCAACGAGAGAUGCUUUGACGGAAGGUCUUAUGAGUCUUCUGAAACCUACGGUGGAUCAGUUAGACGAAAGAAUUCGUGCCACGAGGAUAUGUCAAAUAGAAUUAAAGCAACGGAUUGAAUCGUUGACGGAAGAAUUGCAAAGGAUCAACGAAGCGUUACAGUGCCCAUUGGAAACGGAUUCUUACGUUAAAAAGCUGAUUAAUGCUAAACAUAAAAUCACCAUUGUCAGUAACAUAUUGCAAAGUACUCAGGAACGAUUGAAUAAGAUUCACCAAGCAGUAGAAACGAGUACGACAAAGAGGAAAGCUUUACUGGAUCGUAGUUCUUUUUAUGGUAAUGCCUCAAAUGUUCUAAGUAAAGAAGAGCAAGCAGAAGCGGAGAAAGAAGCUAUUGUGUCUAAGGAAUACGAAUGAGCCACGACAAUGAUAAUUGUAAGAUAAUUGUGAUACGUCUGUUUAGCUUGGUCUUUAGCUGAGAAAUAUCCGAGAGAGAAUAUUU